AGAGGACAUUCACUGGGGGACUUCCUGGGUGGACAUGGGGGCAUCUUCCCUGGUGGUGUAAGUUUUGGUGCCGGGUUAAAAAUGAUCGGCCUGUGCAUAUUAUUUCUACGCCCUUGUAUGCCCAUUCAAGCUGAUGGCUAUGGUUUAGUCUUGGUAUCCGAUUGAUGUGUAUAGCAUGUGCGGACGCUCUCGGUCUUCAUCCUACCAGGGUGAGAAGCGAUAAGAGUUGCGCGUCCAUCAACUGACUGAAAAACGAACUAGGAAACGAUUUUUAAGGAAAAUUAUGGACCGCUCAAAAACGGAGAGGGGCGUCAGGGAGCUGCAACAGCUUAAACCACCUUACCAGCCCGACCAAAAUUUAGCCCAUCAUUUUGGAGGGUGAAUAAAGGGAGAGAGGGAAAAUCCCAGCUCCGUCCUUGGCUGUAAAAUCCCUCAGCUUUCCACGCCCAAAGCCCCCGAAUGAUAUCCUCCUCUUCGUUUCGCUCUCUCCUCCGCGAAGGGGUCUCCAAGGUCCCCCACAGCCACCAUGCCUUGGGGCGGUAGCAGCGAGGUUCACGAGGAACCCUCCGCUUCCGCCGUCCCGUGCCACCUCCUUGAGCUGACGGUGAUCUCGGCCCAGGACCUUUUCCCUGCGACGGCCCGGGCCAUGCGGGCCUACGCGACUGCGUGGGUCCACCCGGACAAAAAGUUGUCGACGCGGACGGACCGGGCCGGCCACACCGAGCCCACCUGGAACGACAAGCUCGUCUUCCGCGUGGACGACGCCUUCCUCCUCUCAGUCACCUCCGCCAUCACCGUCGACAUCUUCGCCGUCCGCCACCGGCUCAGCCCCCGCCUCCAAGACCCCCACCUCGGCACCGUCCGCGUCCUCCUCUCCGCACUCCGCCCCGACCCCGGCGCCCGCCGCUUCGCCGCCCUCCAGGUUCGACGCCCGAACUCGCUCCGCCCGCAGGGCAUCCUCAACGUCGGCGUCGCCCUCCUCGACGACUUCGCCUACGUCGACCGGAUGGUUCCCCUCCACGACGACAUCGGCGAGCCCUACGCCUUCGCCUACAAGGACCUCGAGGCCCUCUCCAUGGAGCGCCGGGGAUGGGAGGGAAGCUGCCCAAGGCGGUCGAUUUCGACGUAUGUCGGCGGCGGCGGCGACGGAGCCGAAGAGUGGAUGGUGGAGAAGAGCGGGUCGGUGGAGAGCUGGGUAGGGGAGAAGGAGCAGGAGGCGCUGGAGUCGAAGCUGGAGUUAUGGAAGUCGGAGCUGUCACCGGACCACCACGAGAUCGGCGACCGGUCCCUCAGAGGCCGGAGGAAGAGGCGGCGACGGGGGUCGGGCGGCUUCCGGAGCCUGUCCUGCUUUUGCGGUGGGUGGGCAUAACAAUAAUGACGACCAAUAGCAAGAGAGGAAGGAGAGGUGAAGCCGCCUGCACUCGGUUUGACCUAUGGAUCUUCAUGUUAAGCGUAACUCGAUCAACGGGUCAUAGAAUCAUAUAAAUCAACCUCAGCUUCAGAGCUCCGGGUUUUCAUGAACUUCUGAAUGAAAAGAGGAUCGAUACCUCCAACCUCACCUGCUCAUCUUAUUCUCCUGAACACUCCAUUCCAAGUGAUAUCAUCCUAGUAUUCGUUUUUCUUUCCCCCCCCUGAAUUAGCAACCAGAUUUUAGUGUUACUAGCUUUCUUAUAGUUGUAAUUAACAUGAAAUUUUUUAUUCCUACAAUCUUGAUCUCCUACCUACAAUAUCAGCUUUUCAAUAUCCGGUUUGCGUUCCGGCUUAUGUGCUAA